UGGAUAGGCUUUGGAUCUUUCUUAUCCACAAAAUCUCAACACCCAAAAGGUAGAGGAAACGGAGCUCAUAGUAUCAGAGUGGUUCUCUGGCCAAAAUUUCAUAUUAACUAUACCCAGGGAAAAACAGACUCCUUCGCCAUGUUACAAAUCCCAAAAUUCUUGCAGUCCUCCACUCAAUGCCUUCAUCCUCCGACGCUGCAACCGCCACUACCCAUUCUACAAGUCCCAGGUGUACCUACUUCUUCAUCUUUUCCUUCCAUCAAACAAUGCUGUAAGCUAUCACGUAGAGAACUUGCAAUUCGAAGCAAUUCUCUGUUACUUCUCCUCCUGGGCUCGCAGAGCAUUGAGGCUUUUCUACCGUCUAAAGCAGAGGCCGAGGAGGAUGUGGUUGAUGCCGGUAGCAAUGCACAAGAACAAAGUUCAAACGCUACUCCUACUUGCGGUGAUAAGAGCCCAACAAAGCGUGCAUUUCUUGAUAUAUCAAUUGACGGAGCGCCUGUUGGCCGCAUUGUCAUCGGGAUACAGGAAGAUGAUGCUCCUGUUGGGGCUGCUCGAUUUCGUAAUCUUGUCAGUGGAGCUGCUGGGGUGAGCUACAGAAGGAAAGAGUUUGUUAAAAUUACGCCAAAUUAUGUGCAACAUGGUGGUGUGAGAUCUUAUGGUGUAGAUGCUGAGCUCGCAAAGAGCACAGGAAGCAGUUUGGAAGUUGAUAAGCUCACUGAAGAGUGGGAGAGUUUGUAUGAAAAAUGUCCAGGCAUCAAGAACAAGGCUGGCACUGUGGGGAUUAUUGUGAGAGACCCUUCAAAACCACCGCCGAAAAUCAAGCUGGUUGCGCGGAAAGGGAAGCUGGAGAUUGAUCAAGAGGAGGUUGGUACGGCCCCUAACGGAACAGAGUUUGUGAUUUCUACCAAAGAUUCACCUGAGCUCGAUGCUUCGACUUUGGUGGUUGGAAGAGUUUUGGAAGGUAUGGAGGUCGUGGAGAGGCUUGGCCAGGUGAAAACCGUGCAAGAGAACACUAGUUCGCCUUAUUUUAGGGUGGCCAAGCUGAUAGGAGAUAAGAGAGCUGUCGUCGCAGAAAGAGGAUUCAACCGCCCUUACGCCAAGGUAGUUGUCACAAACUGUGGCCUGAUACAGUAAAAGAACACUUUCCCAGCCUUUUUCUUGUUCUACAUUUUUGUAAGAGAGUCAGAGACACUUCCAGGCGAUACAUCUAAUCUUGUAAUAGUCCAAUCAGCUUCAAUCCCUCAAAAACCUAAAUACCAUGUUUCUUCAAAUAGUAAGUU